UCGCAAAAUCAAACACAACACAAAAUAAAAUCACUUUUCUACAUUUUGCGUUCAUUGUGUGUUGUGUUUUGGCACUGUUACAAUGAUAUAUUAGUGCUAGUGAGAACAAAACUAUAGAUGGAAGCUUGCAGGAAGUGAUUAUGAGCACAAAUCAGAAUGUAGCGCUUAGUCAAGUUCCCUAACAGAGUUUUCCAAAAUUAUAGUAUCGAUCUUUUUUGUCCUCGAGUACAAGUGUAUAUAAAUAAAAACUGAAAAUGUCCGUGGUUAAAGGAAAAUUGGUGAAAAUGGAAGUUAUUCAAGUUGGUGAAUAUGAAUUCACCAAACAAGAUAUAAUUGGGCACGGAGCCUUUGCCAUGGUGUACAAAGGAAGGAAGAGAAGGAACCCGUCGCAGUCGGUGGCCGUCAAGGUGGUGACGAAGAAGGGCAUACAAAAGGCGUCGGAGAUCCUCGUGAAGGAAAUCAAGAUAUUGCGCGAGUUGACGGCGCUGCACCACACCAACCUCGUCGCCAUGCACGACUGCAUGGACAGCCCUUCAUAUGUCUACGUCGUUAUGGAGUACUGCAACGGUGGCGACCUGGCAGAUUACCUGCAGGCCAACCGACUGCUCAGCGAGGGCACAAUCCGGCUGUUCCUGAGGCAGCUAGCGGAGGCGAUGCGUGCUAUACACGCCAAGGGCAUCGUGCACCGAGAUCUCAAGCCGCAGAAUAUACUGCUCACACACAACGUGGCGCCGCCCCGCACACCGCAUCCCGCUGAAAUUACACUCAAAAUAGCUGAUUUCGGCUUUGCGAGAUUUCUUGAGGAAGGCAACAUGGCCGUCACACUCUGCGGCUCACCGAUGUAUAUGGCUCCUGAGGUGAUAAUGUCGUUGAAAUACGACGCCAAAGCGGACCUAUGGAGUCUAGGCACGAUCGUGUACCAGUGCCUGACAGGCAAGGCCCCCUUCCAAGCCACCACGCCUCACGAGCUCAAAGCCUUCUACGAAAAUAGCGUCGAUCUCCAGCCAAAAAUGCCAGCGGGCACGAGUCCAGAACUAUGUAAUCUACUGAUUGGUCUGCUGAGGCGAAACCCACGCGAGCGUAUGCCCUUCGAGAUGUUCUUCAACCAUCCGUUCCUGCAGCGGCCGCGCACCGCUUCUGCCACCAGUUUGGACACGGAUCUACCUGAUAUAUUGGAGUGCGUUAUGGAGGGCCAAGUCGAUAUUAACUGUUACCUAGAGGAGUCCUGGGACAGUCAGGCAGGAGCAGGCGCAGGCGCGUCGUGCGGUAUGUUGGGGGCGGGGGCGAUGGGGGGAGGUAGUGGUGGGGGCGUGGCAUCGCGCUCCCCCGCCGCGCGCUCCCCGCUGCCCGCCCCGCAGCCCGUCACGCACACCAUCACCAAGGCACCCGUCUCCUCGGCCGAGUCAUCAGACACGACUUGGGCAGGAGAAGACGACUUCGUAGUGGUGGAGGCGACGGAGAGCGGGUCCGCGGAGUGCUCCGGACACUCGGCACACUCCUCCGGCUCCGAGGCUGCGCCGCGACCUCGGUCGCUGGCCCUCACGCCCGCCUCGCCCGCCACGCCCACCGCGCCAGACACGCCCUCAUCGCCCGCCUCCUCCUCGCCGCCAGACCAUCCCGCACCUCUACGCAACCCUAUGACGGUAGCGUCGAAGGUGCCGCGCUCUCAACCCAUUGACGUGCUGCGAUCGAACAACAACCGGAACACGACAAACAUCGGCUCACUCUCACCACCAUCCGUGCCGUUCACGAUGGGCACACCCCCGUCGACGCGGCGGCGCAGCGCGUCUGGCAGCUCGCCCCCGCCCUCGCUGUGGCAGGUCUCGCCCACCAACGCCAGCCCACUGCGCAGAUCUGGGUCAUCACCGCCGGUGUCGCUAGCGCUGAAGGCGAGCGGUGAGGCUGCGUCUCCGAAGCGCGGCGCACUCCCCGACGCCCUGCUGCGCGGCCUCAAGCUGCACCAGCCCGAGCCGCCUGUCUACAUACCCAACCUGCAGGAGGACACCAUACUAGCAGAGGAGCACAGCAAGGUGUUCUCGCAGUUGAACUUCGUGCUGAUGCUGGCGGAGCUGCUGUCAGACCUGGCCGUCUCCUGCGGCGCACCUAUCGCCGCCCUCAUGGACACAUCCGACGAACGUUGCGGGUCGAGUGUGCGUCUGGGGUUGCUGGUGCAGGCGAUGCAGGCGCUGGCGGCAGGACUGCGCCUCGCCGCCGCGCACUACCGCGCCCGCACGCUGCAGCCCACACCACAAGUGCGCAACGUGGUGUCCCUGAUGAACGGCAAGUACAAGUGGAUAGUGAACGAGUCGCGACGGCUGCACGAGGCGGGCGUCACACCGGCCAUCUGCGACAAAAUACUUUACGAACACGCAAUCGAACUUUGCCAGAUGGCGGCGAUCGAGGAACUGUUCGGUGACAUGAAGGAGUGCGAGCGGCGCUACAUGUCCGCGCAGGUGCUGCUGCACUCGCUCGUGCAGCGACACCCGCUGCACCCGCAGCACCGCACCACCCUCUCCAAGUACCGAGACGCAGUUCAAAGGCGGCUCAAUUGCCUCAAGGGGCCGCGCAAAAUCAUGGAUGUGAAACUAGAGGCUGGGAUCUCAUAAUGCAAUAAGCAACAACCCUAUAGAGAUAUAAGCACAUCAACGCAACAUGUGAAGUGAUUUUAUUUUGUGGUCAAACUGACUUUCAGUGAUAUUUACUGUGUAAAACUUAAAUGUGUAAAAAGUGAAAUGUGAAAAAAACUAAAUCAAUUCAUAGAACUUGCAGGUGUUUAGCAACAGAACAUUACCAGAGAUUGCAAUAGUGUGUUAUAUUUUUUUAUUGUCCAGAGUGGUUCGCAGCCGUCGCGUCUUGACGGCUGGAGAACAUAGA